ACUGCAAGAGUGGGGCAGAGAACCAGAGCGUCAGGGUAAAACCUCCUCCAUCUGCACAUCCUGGGGAGGAAUCGGGCAGCCAGAGAGCUGCGGCUGCCCCAGUCCCGCUCCGCCUUUGAAGUGGUAAAACCGAAGGUGGGGCCUUGGUUCUGGCCCAAGGGACGCUAUGACCACAGAAUUCCUCUCCCUGCUUUGCCUCGGACUGUGUCUGGGCUACGAAGAUGAGAAAAAGAAUGACUCAAAUUAACUCUGAAUUCUUUCCAGAGAAACUGCCCAAGCCCUCCCUCCACGCCCGGCCUAGCUUGGUGGUUGAAGCCCGGAGCAACGUGACCCUGAAGUGUCAGGCUCCUUCCAAGAAUGUGACAUUCAUUCUGCUCAAGGUGAAUGACUCUGGGUACAAGCAGGAACAGUUCUCGACAGAAGACGAAGCUGAAUUCCACUUCACGGACCUGAAGCUUAAGGAUGCUGGGAGCUACUUUUGUGCCUAUAAGACAACAGCCUCCCAUGAGUGGUCAGAAAGCAGUGAACACUUGCAACUGGUGAUCACAGACACCAGAACCAUCUUCGUCGCCAUCUUCAGCUGCAUCUCCAUCCUUCUUCUCUUCCUCUCAGUCUUCAUCAUCUAUAGAUGCAGCCAGCACGGUUCGUCGCCUGAAGAAUCCACCAAAAGAAUCAGCCAUUCCAAACUUUCGGAGCAGGAGGCUGCUGAGGCAGAUUUAUCCAGGAUGGAAAGGGUAUCUGUCUCGACGGCAGACCCCCAAGGAGUGACGUAUGCUGAGCUAAACAUCAAUGCCCUAUCUGAGGCAGCUUCUGACACCACCCAGGAGCCCCCAGGAUCUCAUGAAUAUGCGGCAGUGAAAGUGUAGCAAGAAGACAGCCUGGGCCACUAAAGGAGGGGGGAUCGUGCUGGCCAAGGUUAUCAGAAACGUGGAGAUGCGGAUGACUCUGUGUCCUUUGCUCCUCAUCCCUAUCAAUAAAAUUAAGUUUCUCAUCUUAAAAAGAAA